UUCUCAAACCUGCUGUAUUUUUUUAUACGCAGGUAAUGAAUAUUCUGUUUACACCUGGAUGUCCAGGUGACUGAAAUGAACUCAGUGGUAGAACAGAAAUGUUGCAGUAUUUUGGAAUCAGGGAUAUGUGAUUUCUCCUGUAUAAUACAUUUCAUAUCCACUUUUGUUUAUCUGCUCAGUAGCGAUGUCUUUGUCUGAGAUGUUAAAUGUCACCUUAAGAGGCCCACUGAUGACAGACACUGCUCUAAAAUGGCUACAUGGCACAGCAGGUAGCCUUUUUGACUGAAACACCAUAAUAACAUCAGAGAACUAAUCAAUGUAUUGAAUUGGGCAAGGAGUCUUUAAACAUAUUGAUUAUUAUUGCAGGAAUAGAACAGAGCCGCUGUUAAUGUGCUGUGAUUUAGUUUCUGUCAUCCAUUACUGGCCAUUGCAUCAUAAUGUAUAUCAGAUGAAUUAUGUAGUUAUUGAGCCAGUUAUAUUAUAAACCACUGGUGUGUAGGUAUGUAUAGGUCUAAGAUUAGACCAGGUGCAAGGGACCACACUCCACUGGGACCUUUUGGGUACCUUCAUUAAACAUAGUGGGAGGCCACUCUGGAUAGCUCAUGCUCGUUGAAGUGGUAAGCAAAACUGCUGUGGUUGCCUAGCAAUAAUUAAACUGCAUUAGUUGUAGAAGUCUGUGAGGCCGUAACAAUAUAAAGUGUCAUUGCUUUAACUCUUUUUCACAUUAGAAUAUAUGUGUACUGGACAUAGGCUCAUUUGAAAUGAAAUAUCAAGGAUUUCUACAUAGUCAUGAUGAUGUUAGAACAGCUGAACUGACCUUGUGCAAAAGUUGCCUAUCUGAACUCUCCUGGGUCCUGAGGUCCUCUGUAAAUGAUUAAUCCACUGUGGGCUUGUCUGUGGGGUUUGUGGCUCUGUUACCCACAGCGGAGUUACAGUUAUUUUGUAACACGGUCUUCUCAUCAGUGAUGUGCUGACUCUCCACCUCUGGGAGCAGUCAAACGCUCAUGACGGAUGGCUUAUUGAUCCGUGGUCCUGGACAUUCCUUCCCUGGCUGGAGAUAAAAUACUUUGUUUGACCAAAUCAGGACUGCCUGAAAAGACAGAGGAAGGGGUGGAAACUUGUGGUUGCUGUGUCUUUGUUUGUCACCAGGAUCUGGAACUUAAGAACUUGAAACACUGACCAACCUGGAUCACAAAUUCAAGAGAAAAAGAUGGAGCAGUAUCUCGUGUGUGGAUUAUUUUAAACUGUGAGGCUCAGGUUACCAAUAUGGAUAACUUAAGAAACAACAAAAAUCCAUGGGUGCAAUAUGAGAAAGAAGUGCCACACAGCAGGUUUUGUGAUCCAGCCUGGGGAGUCAGUCCUGCUGAAAAACUGAGCCCAGAGCACCUGCAGCUCCUGAGAAAUGCAUUCACCUGUCCUAAAGCUGGAGCACAAAUAUGUGAAGACCGGCCAAACAGAAGGAGUGGAAGGAACAGAGGAGGAAACAAAGAGCGUGGAAUGAUAUUUGAAGAGUUUCAGGAGGUUCUGAGGUCUGUGAUUGGUCCAGAUAUUGAGGACACAUGGGUUGAGAGAUUCUUCAGUGAGGUAGAUAUCACUUGUACCGGGCAGGUGAAAUGGCAGCAGCUUUGUUCCUUCCUGCUUUUGGAGUACACUGAGAGAGAGCGUGCCUCCAUCCCCAGAGCAGCCCUCCUGGACUCGCAGCCACAGAUCAGACACUGCUCUCACAAUAAGCGGGGGCCAACAGUGCGCCUGGUUGCUGUUUCCCAUCCUCCUCCACUCCGCUAUAUUAGUGUCAGUAAAGGGGGUCAGAUCUCUGUCUGGAACAGCAGCCUACACAUCCUCAAAGGUCUAGAGCUGACUGGAGACCCAACAGAGGAAGUGGCCUACACGAGGAGAUUCAGAGGUUGGACCACUGACGCCGUCUAUAUGGGCAACGUCCACAAGGUUGCCAUAGCAACGGACUGCAGGGACUUGCACUUUGUCAAUGUCUCCACAGCCAGUGUAUUUGAGGACGUACAUGUUUUUGGGUUUCGUAGUGUUCCAACUGCUCUUUGUUAUUGGCAUGAUGUUCAGUGUCCAGAGCGACCCUCCCUGCUGCUGCUGGGGGAUGAGAAAGGAGGAGUCCACCUCAUGUGGUUCCUGAACCCAUCUAAAGGUCUUUUCAAGAAUCCACCUAAGAAAGAGAACGGCCCACAGAGGAUCUUUUUCCCAGACCUUGGUGAACACAGCAACAUGGUCUCCUACCAUCACGUCCCCAACAUCCACCAGCAACCAAUCAACAGAGUGAUGUUUGAGCCCAGCACCAACAUCAUCAUGACAUCAUCAGAAAGUGAUACCACCUCUGUGGUCUUCAUGAAUGUAACACUGAAGCAGGAGCCUUAUAUUUGGAAAUUUAAGCAGGGAGCUAAAUGUUUUGACUACAACGCAUCUCUGCAGUUGAUGGUCACAGGAGGUUGUGACCGAGCCGUCAGACUGUGGACUCGAUUUGUGACCACACGUCCUGUAACUACACUGCUGGGUCACCGUACCACUGUAUUGGAUGUUGCAAUCUACCAACCUGCUGGGCAGAUAUUCAGCUACUCAAGAGAUGCUGAGCUGAGGGUUUGGGACAUUUCCAGCCAUCAUUGUCUGAAAACCAUCGGCCUGCACUUCCCCUGCCAGCAGCCAGGUCGAAUCCCAGAACACGGCAACUUCCCCUUCCUGUUGCUGAGCCCUCAUCUUCCUGAGCAGACACAGUCUCAUUUAGUAGUGGGAUGCAAAGAUUACCUGGCACUGCUCAAUCUGGCUGAAGGGAAAAGAGGAGGGGGCGGUUGGUUGACCGAUGAAGGAAGGGAAACUGGACCAGAAAUUCAAAGUAGUCCUGCUCUCUCCUGCGCUCUGUAUAACUCCACUUUGAGACAGGUGGUGACUGGACAUACCGACUCGUCUGUGUCUCUGUGGGACGUAGAGACCGGGAGAAGGCGGCUUCAGAUCUUAAAUGCUCAUGGAGAAGAUGAACUCACCUGCAUGGCGCUAGACUCCUCCCACAGAAGACUAAUCACUGGGGCUCGCAAUGGCACUAUUAAGGUGUGGAACUUACUAAACGGCCUUAACCUGCACAAACUCGAGCCUGUGACCAACUCUGACGUCACAGGGUUGACCUGUCUCCCUGACAACCAGCUGAUGGCUGUAGGGUGGAGCCAGCGGAUAGCUCAGUAUGACAUUGCGGCUGCUAAGGAUUUGUAUGUAAGAGCAGACAUGUCGUGGAAGUCCAACGGUGUUCACAAGUCAGACAUCCUGGCUGUGUGUCAGUGCUCCACUCUGGGGGUCAUUGCCACGGGGAGCCAUGAUGGAGAGGUCAUUAUCUGGAGGCUGGAGACGAAAGGAGCCGUGCUCCACCUACAGAGACUGACACGGAGAGGAGUGGUGCCCCCUGUGGACAGCCUCUUGUUCCUGCAGCAUCGGGCAGGUGACAGAAAGUUGAAAAACAGAGGCGUCUUGGUCUCAUCGCAGGCUGGCUGUCUCUGCUUUUGGAGCAUCACUGGACAGACACAAACUUAUGGACAGUUCUAUGCUCCAGAGCAGCCAGGUGAGCGUGUGAUCAGCCUGAGCUCAGAUCGGCUUAAAAACACCAUCCUCGUGUCUGGAGACACAACGGGCUGGCUUCAGAUCUGGGACAUCUGUCACUUUGCACUGGACAUCCAACACGAGCCAGUUUGUGAGCGGCCUCCUCUGCUGCAGUGUUGGAAGGCUCAUAAGGGAGCGUUAGUGAGUGUGGAAGUCCUCGAGGUGGUUGACAGAUUGUUCAUCCUCACAGCCUCAGCUGACGGCUCUGCUGGUCUGUGGACUGUAGACGGAGAUCUCGUGGGUUCUUUCGGGCAGGAAGUAUUGUGGAAUAAUACUGACCCAGCUACUUACCAGUGGGAGAAAAAAAUGAAACUGACACAAGACGCAGAUGAGAGGACUGAAAGUGACGAAAUGGGGCUCAGCAAGGUCAAAAGUCAAGCACCUGACCCCAUCAACAGGGGUCAAACUUCACAGGAAGAAUGUUUUGAAGCUUCAUCUACCAGCCCAUCAGAGAAUGCCCACGAGCGACCACAGCAGCUCAUGGAGAAGGCUCCACUGAGGAUUUACCCACAAUCCCCUGGGUCCGGUGUCAGAGCUUGACUGACAGCAAAAGGCUCAGCUCACAACAUCUAGAAGGAAAAGUGAAGCUUCCUACCAGUCCAGUCAGAUAUAAACAAACAAAGAUGCAGACAUGAAUGCUGUUUUCUGUUUUCCCCUUAUUUUAUGAAGUUGUCUUGAAACUGUAAACAUGAAUAUGUGUUUAAAUAUGCCAUACUGUACUGGCAAUAUUUCUACUUUAGAACAGUCUAUCAUAUACACUGCACCGGACUUACACAGCACGAUAAAGAUACUGAAAACUGUAGGAAUUGUUUUCCCCACCUUCUGUCUGUCUUGCAUUUAGCAUUUUUUCUUAUUCUUUUUCAUUCAUUCCAAACUCUGCCCACAUUUCCUGAUGUUCGCUCCCUCUCAUAUUCAUCUCUUCUUUAAAGCAAUGGUUGUGAUAUUUUGGGUAAUAUUGUCACAACCUGGCUCAAGGGCCAUGACAAAAGAGGGAAUGAGGCAGCAUAAAUGAUCAAAAAGUGAUUUAUUUAAGAAAAUAGCGAACUAAACAUAACUAUUUAAAUGUGCAAAAUUUGGUGUGGUGAUUGCGCAAUGGAUAAGACACAUGCCUUUGGUGUGAGAGACCCGGGUUCAAUUCCCCACUGUGACCCAUCUACCAUUGUGUCCCUGAGCAAGACACUUAACCCCUAGUUGCUCCAGAGCCGUGCGACCUCUGACAUGUAUAGCAAUUGUAAGUCGCUUUGGAUAAAAGCAUCAGCUUAAUGAAUAAAUGUAAAUGUGUCUGUAAAGUAAAUAAACCCAAAGCAAGAUGUGGCAGUUGA